AUGUUUAAUUGGUCCCAGCAACUCCCAAAAACAGACCCGAAGCCGGAUUUAGAAGAUAAUCCAAUGUCAAGUACUGCCAGUUUACCCAUAGAAGACGACGACGUUUUAAAUCUACUAGUCAGACUCCGAGGUUCUCCCAUUGACGAGCAAGCCGUCUGGCACGGAGAUCUCCCGGAAGACCCUAAAAACAGAGAUAUUAAAUUCGAUCUUAAAGUACCCGAGUUUACGCAGCAGUUCGAACUAUACGAAAAGACAAUAGUUGAGUUUUUGAAAGCAUGCGAGAAUUUACAGCAGAUAUGCAUCGCUCAGGGGAUAGCUCCGAGAGUUAGGAAGAUGAGUAUUAUGGUGGCGCGGAUGAGAUGUAGUUAUAUUCCUAUCAUCUCGGACUACUUGUUUAGUACGUCGGAGGAAGGUGGAAAAAUGGUGUUCUCGAGCCUUAAAUCACUUGAUAUAACCAUCCACUCCACGCAGAGUUCCCGAGAACAAUCAAACAAUGAUAGAAUCGCAGCUAAUCAAAUAGCGAAUUUUCUUUCGAAUAUUCCAAAUAUUAACUCGUUUGGAAUCGCAAAUACCGCUCUAUUCAGGAAUCCUGCCCCCCAAGUCUUCUCUCCAGUGCCCGAGAGCGUGCACCUCACCUCCCUUAGUUUAUGUACGAUAUUUAUCCCCGACAGUACCAGUGAUCUUCCAUCUUUCGAGGAUUUCAAGGCAAUGAUCGUAUCAAGGCCUGCUAUUAAGAACCUCGAGAUGGAGUAUAUUGCACUUUAUCAUCCAUCCAUAAGAUGUUUCUCCAAGAUAAAUUAUGAUCCAGCUACUGACCUUCCGGCCCCAAAGCCCGAUACGAUGCUACAUUCUCGGGGAUUCGAGUUCCCACCUUGGAUGCAUUGGGCCGCUGUUUUCGAACUUCUACGGAAAAGACUUUUGAACCUUACUAGUUAUAAAUUUAAGCAUCUGAUGUACGGUGGCAAUUCGAAGUAUCCAAGAGCUGCCGCCAGGGGGAGUAAUGUAUCGCUGUUUGUUCCGAUGGACCAGGAGUAUAGAAUGAUCAAUUCUGAGGAAUUUGCGGAUGUAAUGAGGAUUGAUGAAAUAAUUAGUCCUUACCUAAAGGAUUAUUCAGAGUUGGAAGCUUUUAAGCAAGAGAUUGAUAAUAGGCGAAAGAUCGUUGGACUUGGCGGUGGGGGUGGUUCCGAAUUUUUAUCAGAUUAA